CCCAAGUGCUCUUUGAGUGCUGAUAUUAAGAGAAUAAUGAAACUAAACAGUCAAUGUCAACUUUAGUCCUUUGUGUAUUUCAUUGGUGAUUUACAAUGCUCAAGCUAACUUUUGUACUAUGUUUUAUUGCUGCCUCUUUGGCAUCUGAGGAGAUUGAAACUUUUCAACCGUCUUUCCUUGAACGUCUUCUGAUCGCUUCGGCCAAGCAAGUGGGCGAUACAGUGGAAGAUGUGAAGGGAAUGGCUUCUAGUUUGAAACAGCUGAUCACAAUGGCUACCCACCCUGAUGUCCUGAGGUUGGCAACACUGUACAAACAAAACCACCAUUUCAUACACCACUGUGACUUGGGAGAAGAAGUAAAAGAUGUCCCUUCUUGUUUCAACAUCACAACAGACAUUGCAAACAUUACGUUUCUGGCAUUCUAUGGUUACGAACUCGCCGACGAAAUGGCAGAUUCCAUCGUGGAGGUGCUUGACGAACUCAAUGAUUGUCCUGGACAAGCGAUUUGGAAGCAAUACACUUGCUAUAAAAGAGCUUUUGAAGACAUUCAAUACGACAUUAAGGAGUAUUCUACGGACUUCAAAGAAUACAUGUACAAUGCCACAAUUGUAUUAAAGGAUAUUUCUAUUGACAUAAGUAAGUGUUUUGCAGUCUCUCAAACAAUUUCAAUUGACUGGGUUGAAUCAAAGGUGGCUAUGUGUAAAGUGGGUUUGCAAGAGGAGUCUUUGUUGUAAUAUGACUAAGUUAAGAUAUAUCAACUAGAAGAGUUAUAGUUGUAUAUUGUUUUAAAUAAAAUCUAACCUCUA